GCCCGCACUAUAGGUGCGGCGGGCGACUGCAGGCGCUCAGAAUCCAGGAGACCCCAGUGCGGGCUCUCCCGGUUCUUGGUCGCGCGCCGGAAGGCGAAGCGGAUAUCACUGGGUCCUGCCGGGUGGCGCACGUGCCGCACCAUGCUGCCACUGUGCUCAGAGCGGGAACUGAGUGAGCUGCUGGCUCGCAAAGAGGAGGAAUGGCGGGCACUGCAGGCCCACCGUGCCCAGCUGCAGGAGAAGGCGCUGCAGACUACUCAGAAACAUCUGGAGGAGACCCAAGGGAAGCUGCAGCGCCUGCAAGAGGACUUUGUUUACAAUCUUCAGGUGCUGGAGGAACGGGACUGGGAGCUGGAGCGCUAUGAUGUUGAGUUCACCCAAGCCCGCAGGCGGGAGGAGGCCCGGCAAGCAGAGGCCAGUGAGCUCAAGAUAGAGGUGGCCAAGCUGAAACAGGCACUCUCCAGAGAGGCCAGGCGCGUGCAGGAGUUGCAGCAUCAGCACCAGCUAAUGUUGCAGGAGCAUCACUUGGAGCUGGAGCGUGUCCACAGUGACAAGAAGAGUGAAAUAGACCACCAGCAGGAGCAGUAUGAGGAUCUGAAGUGGAAGCUGGAGAGAAAACUGAGGGAACUCGAUGGUGAACUUGCCCUUCAAAGACAGGAGCUGCUGCUGGAGUUUGAAUCUGAAAUGCAGAGAAGGGAGCAUGAGUUCCAACUGAGGGCCGAUGACAUGAGCAAUGUAGUCUUGACCCAUGAGCUCAAGGUAAAAUUGCUAAACAAAGAGCUGCAGGCUCUGAGAGAAGCUGGAACACAGGCAGCAGAGAGUCUGCAGAAGGCAGAAGCAGAGCACAUGGAGUUGGAGAGGAAGCUGCAGGACCAUGCCCUGGAGCUCCAGGGUCUGGAGGCCAUGAAGGAUGCUCAGAUAAAGGACUUGGAGGAGAAACUUCACUCCCUACAGCUGGCCCAGAAGAGAGCCGAGGAGACCUUUAGGAGGAAAUUUGAAGAGCUUGACCGUCAGGCCAGGGAGAAAGACAUGGUGCUGGCAGCCGUGAAGGGCGCCCAUGUGGAGCAGCUGCAGGCGCUGCAGGCCAGGGUACUGGAGCUCCAAGGCCACCAUGAAACCCUCGAGGGACAACUGCACAGAGCCGAGUGGAUGCGAGCUGAGGACGUCAAGGAGAAAAAUGCUCUGAUUGACAAACUUCAAGAAGAUGCGGCAGCUUUGAAAGCUGCCUGGGAUGCCCAGAUCACUCAGAUGUCCAAGGAGGCUGUCUCCAAGGACCUUCAGGUUCAGAUGCUACAGGAAGAAGAGGUGAAGCUCAAGGCACAGGUGGCCAGGUUCCAGAAGGACAUAGACAGGUACAAACAGCAACUGUCCCUAGCAGUGGAAAGGGAACAGAGCCUGGAGCGUGACCAGGUGCAGCUGGGCCUGGACUGGCAGCGCCGCUGUGAUGACAUUGAACGAGACCAGAUCCAGAGAUCAGAGACUUUGAUCCAAGGGCUGACCAAGGCCAGAGACCAGGUUGCUGCUAAGCUCCAGGAGACAGAGAAGGCACUGCAUAAGCAGGAGAUGUUGCUGAAGGCUGUGUCACUGGAGCGAGACCAGGCUAUGGAAACUCUGUGGACACACGGGCUCCUCCCUGGACAGGAGGCACAGGUACCUCCACAGCAGCAUGAAGGGGCAACAAAGAAAGGUUUUCCAUCUAGUGAGAUCCAGAGGCUGCAGGAACAGAAUGCAGGUCUGCGGAAUGCUGUUGCACAGAUGAGGAGGGAGAUGGAAAUGCUGAGUGGUCAUCUUCCUUCUGCUCAACCAGGAGAGUGCUCGGAUGCAAACCCUGAUCCCAAGGUUGGAGGAGAUUCAGCCCCUCCAGAUUAUGUUCUGGCUCUUGAAGCAGAAAUGCAAAACCUAAAGCAUAAACUUAAAGCACUGGAAGAACAGCGGCAAGGUGUCAAAGAGUCAGCGAGGAUAUCCUUGCCCACUGCUGAUCCACACCCUGGUGCCCGCAGCUCUGCAGGAGCAACUGGAGCAGCUUUGACAGGCCAGGUACCCAUUACUUUAGCACUCAGAAAACUCGGAGACAGAGUGCAUCUCUUGAACUUGCUGGUGACACAGCUCAAGAAGAAGCUGCGGCAGAAACCCCUGGAGUCGGCCACUGUCCUGCACGAGCUCCCCAGCGACGUGGACCAGGUGCACCUGGAGGGUUUGGAGCUGCAGAAGCAGGUGGAGGAGCUGAGGAAGCAUCUCAGGACAGCCUGUCUCCAAGGAGAGCCUUCAUGCAGGGAGCAACUACCGAGAGAGGCUGUCUUGGUUGGGUUCUGUGUACAGGGCCUGACUGACUGGAGACUCAUGGUCACAGAGGACCAGAUGGAGUUCUCUAGUCUUCCCCAGGAAGGGGUACCACUUCCACAGACCACAUCUGUGCCACAUCUGCAAAGGAAACUCAAGGACGCAGCUAGGAAAAUACUCAGCCUCAGCCAAGAGAGGGAGCAGCUCCUGGAAAUGGGGAACAGACUCCGAGCAGAGCUGGGCCGCCCUGAAGGGAAACUGACUCCUUGCCCACUUCCUCCCACCUCUGAGUCCCAGGACCCCCGUGAGUUACAUGGGAUACCUUUGGGACAGUUGCAGCCCCACCCAACAACUCAGGACCCCAGGCACACCAAGAGAAAAUGUGUUUCUGGAUAUACAGGGAAAUUUCAACCCCAUUCUGCUCAAGUGGUCAGCAAAAACAACACCCCACAAGGCUACAAGACAGGCAUGGCAUCAAGGCCUGCUCAGAAACAACACAGAGUCCCCACAGAGACCUGGAAGUCAGUUUAUCAGAAAGAAAACAGGCCCCCAAAGCUCCCACCACAGGCUCAAGAAGUCCCUGAGGAAAGUGACCACCAUACCCACAGAUCGUCUUCGUUGGCCAGCAGUUCUCUCCAAGAUACCUGGAGGCUGUUAGACCUGGGGUCCAACCCUUCAGGCAUCCCUUCACAGGAUGACUCUGCUGCAGAGCGCCUAGCACCUCCAGGAGCCAGCUGUCUCCAAAAGGUUAAUCAGAGCCCUGUCACCAUGCAAAGCAACUUUGCUGUCAAAGGGCUAAAGAUGGAAGCCCAGCCGAAAGCCACACACCCCAGACCCAGCAAGUCUCACCCAGCUAAACCUACAAACUGCCGACCGCAGCAGCACCCUAGGAUCCGCAACUACAACCUCAAGGACUAAGACUCAGCCUUCUGCAGGAGACCCAAGAGGGCCUCCACCUUGGUGCUUGGGGCCUGUGCUUGCACAAGUUGGGUGUGAGUGUACACAUGGCAUACAGGUGGGCUGUGAUCGCAGAGCAGGCUCCCAAAUGAUGGCCUUCCUGAUGCCACCGUCCCAUUAAAACCCUCCUCCGUCUG